AUGGAGACCAUGGCAAAAACUGUACUUAGUCAGGUCUGCAAACUCGUCGAUGAAGACACCGCCGAGCUGCGCCUGGAGUAUUCUCGGCUGCUCUUUGCUAAUUCUGCUUUGUCCGAAAAAGUAAGCAGUUUACAAUGUGAGUUGAGCAAAGUGAAAACAGUCGCUUUGAGCAAAAGUCAGAGGACUGUAGCGGUGCAAACGGACUGCAGCGACGAGGGAGGCGGGCACCGAGAUGAUAUUAACCAACCGACUAUUGAGAAGAUUUUUGGUAAGGACUGGUGUGAAGAUCUUUGGAAAGACAAGGACCCAUCUGUGCUCGAUAAUGUGGCAGACUCGACCGACCAAUGUGAUAAGACUUCAGAUGAUGUGAAAAAGGAAGACAUCUCCGUAGCAUCCAGCAGCCUCCAAACAAAUCCACAAGCAGAAAAAGAUGAGGACACUAAGACUAACCAUAGUUCAAAUGGUUUGGAAGACAACCUCUUGCAUUUGGAGGAAUCCAAAGACACGGACGAUGUUAGUACUUACACCAUUCCCAUUGAGGAUGAUGAGGAAGAUGACGAUGUACAGUUUGUUGAUGAGAGUCAACAAGGACCAAGUCUAAGCGUUCCUACAAGUUCUGAUGAUGUGGAAGAUCUGGACAACUAUUCCCUGGAUACACUUGAGGAAUUUGACAUGGGCACGCUUACACACCACAUGAAAUCACACAAAUCAAACUUCUGCAACAUCUGUAAGCAGAUGUUUCCUUCGGGACAGCUGGACACCCACGUCUGCGUUCCUCCUGUUGCUUCACACAAAGUCACCAAGUCAUGUGAGCUGUGCGUGUUUGAAAGCAGCAUCCACCGUCUACCCCGUGUCUAG